AUGGACUUGGUUAAGCAAACAAAAAUUUUCCGCAAGAUUCGUGCCACCAUGUCGGACCCCCAUAUGGCAUAUCACGAUAUGUUGUACCGUUUGAAUCUUUGGGGCAUUUACGCACUCGGCAUGGACGUUCUGGACAUGAAUUUCUCAUUCGUCAAUCCUCGUUUCAUUUUCCUUCUAGUUAUUAUGACAAGUUUCAUCUACGCGGAUUUGGAAUCGUCAGUGCUGGCACCGGACAUUGGAGGGUUCGCCUAUAACAUCGCGGUGCUCGGUUUUGGUUUGCAAGGGUUCGCAAAGUUUGACGCCUAUAUCUUCCGGAAGAAGGAUAUGAACUCGUUGAUCUUUAAAGGCAGUGCUAUUUUGGCUAAACAUAGGAACACGGAAAGGUUGAACCGGAUUAUGAUCGAAAGCAUGUCCUUCAAUAUGAUGGUUUGGAAAUUUUAUAAGGUUCUAUAUGUGACGGUAUUUAUAGCAAUGUCAUCGUUCGGAAUUAUGUUAACCAUGUACAGUGGCGAACGACAGCUGUCUUUCGGGUUUCAGUUUUCAUUCAUAGAUGUUACUCAUUUGGUGGGCUUUGUCGCGACUUACGUAUAUCAAAUUGUUGGUGUGUUCAUGGUAGUCGUUAGCUCAUAUUGCAACGAUAACUUGAUAAUGAUUGUUUUCAUAAAUGCGAUGUCCAUGUUUGAUUGCAUCAUAAGUGAUUUAAAGGAACUCUCGAAACUGUCCCAGCUGGAAAAGUCACCUGCCAAUCAACGCGCGAUGACAGCCCAAAUAAAGUCGCUAAUCAAGCAACAUCAAGAUGUACUAGACUAUCUAAACCUUUCAAAUGAAGUUUUCAGCUUGUAUUUUUUCAUGAGUCUCACAGUUCUCACGGGUGCAAUUGCAAUUUUGAUGAUUGCUUUAGUAUGGGCUCACUGGUAUCCAGCAAUAUUUCUAAGCGCGCUCGCCUCAUUCCAGAUUCUCAUCUUAUGUCUACUUGGAACCUUACUUUUAAUGAAGGAAGAGGAAGCGAUUCGAGAAGUGUACAAUGUCACCUGGUAUGACCUGGAUAUUCAGAACCAGCAUUUACUACGUUUGAUGCUCUUGAUGUCGCAGCGUGUCAAAGAAAUCUCAUUCCGCUUCGGUGUAAUGAACGUUGAAACGUAUUUAAAGAGCCAUAAGCUGAUUUAUAGUUUUUUCACCAUGUUGGUGGCGACCCAGGAAUAAGAAUGGCACAGCGGAAACUUUUACCAAUUUUACUAUUUGAAGAGCUUGUUCAUAGCUUUUAAAUGUUUUCGUCACCAAUUUUGUAUACUUAUAGUUCUUUCACUCUGUAAUCGAUUCGUCAAAUUUGAACGCAACAACACUUUCUCAACUCUAUUUAAAGUC